AUGGCCAACAGCGUUACGGAGGCCCCCAGCUGCGUGAGAUGCAAGGAUCCGCUGGUGAUGGGCCAUGCGUAUGAACUGGGCGGCGAUAGAUGGCACACGCACUGCUUUUCCUGCUAUAAAUGUGAUAAACCUCUGAGUUGUGACUCGAAUUUUCUGGUGUUGGGCACUGGCGCCUUGAUCUGUUAUGCAUGCUCAGAUUCUUGCAGAAGUUGUGGAAACAAAAUUGACGAUCUAGCAAUCAUUUUAGCUUCAUCGAAUGAGGCGUAUUGCUCAGAUUGUUUUAAAUGCUGCAAAUGUAACGCCAAGAUUGACGAUCUGCGGUACGCUAAGACAAAACGCGGGCUGUUUUGUAUAGCCUGUCAUGAAAGGCUCCUUGAAAAACGGAAAAACUAUGAGGAACGCAAACGACGGCAUAAAAAACAGCUACCGCUAAUACCUCCAAGCGGCAGCAAUUUGGACUUGAACCAAGAAGAAUCAACACCAUCCGAGGCUGAUCUUGUUAUACCCGCACGUUCUAACCAGAGGCCCAUGUCUCCUAUUAAAAAUGUUGCACUGCAAAAUUCUGUCCUUUCCAGAGGCAAUACUUCAAUAGACUCGUCUCCCAAGGACCAUCGACCACUAAUGUCAAGUGCUUCGUCUUUGGCUGCCCCACUGGAUUUUUCUGCUGUUACGAUGGCUAACGGAGAAGUUUCUGCGACGGGCGAAAAACAAACCACAUCAGAUUUUACCACCAACAACGGUACAAUUCGCAGUAAUUCGGAGAGCGUGGUAGCGCAAUUUCUUUUAGAUGGCGGUUACGGUAGUACUGCAGACGAGGAGUCCAUCAAGCGUAAACACAGCGAGGCAAAAGACAGCAGUAACAGCCUAGAGGAAGAGGUGAGGGAGCAAGCAGUGGUAGUCAAGACACCCCAAAAAACUCACAGAAGUCAACUUUCCAUUGACGAUAUGUUGCAGCAUACUCUGGAGAAUGACGGUUACAGUGAAAUUGACGGCCAAGGACAAGAAGAGCAAAAUUUGCUGAGUGUACCCAAAGAGCAGAAAAAAAUACUUCUGAAUAGAACGCCUUUGAGAAAUUCCAAAGAAGAAUACAUCAGCAAGUCUCCAAUUGCCCACCGCCAGGGUCUGGUUUUGGAUGACGAGGAGAUUGUUAAUGCAUUAAACUCGCCGGCUCGGGUUGAAUCCAUUGAAACAUCUCCAAAUUCAGGACUAGGAAUACUAAAAAAAUCAGAUUCACAAUCUGCUGAUGCAGAUGAUAAGAUCAUCGGUCUGUCCUACGAUAACGUUGCAACCCCAGACAAUCGGUCCGAAGCUGCAAACGCUCAGGAGUCGCGGUCUUCGUCAGGUUUCGGCCACCAACGUAAGACUUCAGGAGGAAAUGCCAGAAAACUUGGUAGGUCGCUCUCCUUGAGGUCAAAAAGCAUCAUGAUGAACUUGAGGCCCAAAACGAAGGACAACAAUCUGAAUGGGGGAAGUGAGCAUGAUACGCACUCUGGCUGGGGAGUCGCAUCGAAGCCUUCAACAGAUACCUCUCCUCCCAAGGAACGGGUGAGAGCAAAACAUCCAAGCGAUAGCACAAUAUACUCUCAUGGUUCUAGCGGAAUUGAAACAACACAACAUAAAAGAUCAACAAGCAACACAAAUGGAGGAGUCUCGGUUUUUCGUACGCCGCCUUUGGACACGCAGGCCUCAUUCUCCAAGAGUGUGUCAUCACACCAUAAGAAUCCGUCGCUUGGUACUACGCAGAUUGUGGAAGAAGACGAAGAUAGUGGUAAUACUCCUACCAAUGACCAAUUUCUGAAAAAAGAUGUGUGGCAGAUGGAGCUCGCACUUCGCCGCUUGAAGCUCGAAAUUAAUCAACUUGAGUCCACGAAAAGUCAGCUAAUGAAUGAUGUAGACUCUUUGAAAACAACCAAAUCGAAUUUGCAGCAAGAAAUAAGUUCUUUGAAAUCAGAGAAGGGUGUAAAAACUAGCUCCCUCGAACCGGUGGACUCAUAUGAGCGCGAAACAUCGGAUGAACUACCAGAUAAGCAGGCUGCCACUGCAACAGUUGCAACUUCCGGGAAGCCAAGGUUUUGGAAGCUCUUUUCUGGCAACCGACCAAACGGCAACUAUGCUAACAUGUCAAACAAGCUGGAUAUAUCACCACCAGUUCUCCAGAACCCCAAUGACUUCAGCGACGUCAAGCUGAUGCCAGUACAAAAUAGACAAAGGAGUUCAGUUUCAUCUCCUCCGACUAAAGACGGGGAUAGUCUGUAUGGAUCGACAUUGGUUGCUCGCUGCGCGUAUGAGGGCCAUGACAUACCGAUGAUAGUUGAUACAUGUAUCAACCACAUCGAAUCAAAUGAGGAAUACUUGAAGAGCGACGGGCUUUACAGAAAAUCAGGAAGUCAAGUUCUAAUCGAACAGAUAGAAGCCGAAUUUUCGCAAAGCAAUACAAGGGAGGCACCAUCUAAAGCUUUGCGCGCGGACCUGCAGCAGGAUAUCCACGCGGUUAGUGGUGUACUGAAAAGGUAUUUGCGCAAAUUGCCAAAUCCAGUUUUUUCAUUUCAAAUAUAUGAGCCACUCAUGGCGCUAGUCCGUGACAACAAUCUGGUGGCCGCACUACCGUUAAGAGCGUCCACAAGCGAUGAAUACCAGUCUUUGCUUCAGGACACUACAGCGCAGCUAAGGUCGAUCCUCGAGUUACUGCCACAGGAGCAUUAUACGCUUUUGAAAGUGUUGACUGAACACAUUGAGAAGGUUUCUCGCUAUAGUGAUGAGAACCUCAUGAAUUUGCAUAACUUAUCUUUGGUGUUCACACCGGGUCUAAUCCGUGACUACAGUGGUGAGAAAGACAUCUCAGAUAUGAGAGAGCGGAACUAUGUGGUGGCAUUCGUUUUGGCCAACCAACGUUUGAUUUUUUAA